AUGAGCUUCGGGUAUAAAAUUUGAUAUAGCAAGUAGUGUGUACUCAUAAUUUUAAACAUUUGGUUAAUCUCAGGAAUUGGAAAACAUUUUAAAAAAUAAUAACCCCACCUUGGAAGAGUUGUUGGAGAGAGACAAUUUCCUAUUUGACAUCAAAGCUGGAGCUAUGAAUGCUUUUACUGAAUUGUAUUAAAGAGUAUUGAUAUAAGCGUUUGGAGACAACCUGAGAAUUUAGAAAAGAUGAUUCACUAUAUAAUUGUCACAAAUGAGCAGAUGGAAGAUAAUGAGAAAAGUCGAAAAUUUCCAUAUAUAAUAAGCGGGAUCUUCGCUUUAGAAAACACGAGAUUGUUCGAUUUGUUAUUCUUGAGACAUCGAAACGAAUCCUAAUCCUCAUUAUUGAGCAAUGAAAGAUUGGUUUUAAUUGGAAUCUAAAUUAGACUACUAUCGAAGAUGAUAUAUUGCCAGAAUAUUAGAUGCACCACGAAGAUCAAUGCAAAGAGGAAGAAGACUUUAAUGGGGGAGGGAUAUCUGGAACCUCAAGUCAGUAUAUGUCAAUAAUCAUAGUCUAGUGUGCAUCCUUCAAAUCCAAGUCAGGAAUGCAUCUGAAUGAGAAUGUGAGAUUGAACAUCUUAAAUGCAUUUUUCAAAUACCUAGAGUCUCCCAACAUUAAUGAUACAUCGAUGGGGUAUUAUGCUUAGAUUUUAAAACCUGUAGCUAGUAAAUAUGGAGGAGAAGUAAUACUCAAUACUACAUCUUUUUAGUUUUGGGAUCACAUCGUUGUCAACAGCAACAUCAUAAGUGAUUUGCUCCAGCACAUCAACCAUUAUUAAAUUGUAGAAAUUGUGGUUAAACUAUUAAUUUUAGAUUACAAAAUUAAUGAUAAUAUAUACAUCAACCAAAAAUGUUAUGUAUUCAUUAAACAUAAGCAUAGAAGAAUUAUAGAAAACAGCUUUUGGAAGAGAUGAUACACCAAAUGGAUAAGUUUUCCGAUAAUAUUACAGUAAAGAUUAUACAAUUAUCCCUCAUAGAUGGUCGCAGACAUCACUCAAAUAUUUGAUUUGCUUUUGGAAUAAGGAAUUCAAUAAAAGUUGUACGAGUCUUUGAGAGAACUCUUUGACAAUGUUCUAAAACCAUAUUACUUCUUUAAAAUAGCUGUAACUACAAUAAAUAUCAAUAGAAAAAAACCGGAGUGCUCACUGUUUAUAAGGUGUUCUCCAAAAUCCUAUUAUUUAUUUAAGUAAACUCCUUACAAGGUAAUUAAAUCAUCAUGUAUUUAGACUAGAAGACUUCUGAUUUACUGCAAAUAAUCUAAUAAAUCAACCCCCUCAUUGUCUCAAACUUUUAGGAUUAAGAAACCUUUGGACUCAAGAACUUGUGUCUUGUCCAAGCUCUCGAUGUUUGCGAUAAGUAAUCAAAUUCAAUAGACUAGAUUAAAUAACCCACUCUUAUUUGAGUCAAUGUUUUAAGCUCAAUUAUAUCAGAGUUUAAUAGAGUAUGCCAUUAAGUAUCAAUGGAACAAUUAACUCCAAAUCUAUGUGACAUCAAUCAUAAAAUCAAGAAUCCAAGAUGAAAAAUAUUGUCAAAGAAUUCUAAAGGAAACUGACAUCUUGAAUCAAAUCAAAAAGAACUUAAUUGAUCAACCAACCAAUUCUGGCUUUAAAUCCAAAUGCAGCCACGGAUAUAAUGGAUUUUUAAAAACUGUAGGUUACAAGAUACUGUAAAAGCAAGCAACGAGCAAAAAGAUUAAUUCGUUAUUAUAGGAAUGUAAUAAUCAAUAUGAUAAUUAGAGCAUGGUUAGAUUAUUGAGGCUUUGUAAAGGUUAUAAAAGAUUGAACAGACUUAUUUAUGUGAUGUCGAUCCAAAAACACACAUGUAAGAGGCUCCACCGGAAAUCAGUAUUGAUAGAUAAAUUGAGAUGCUAAUAGAUUCCCAAAAAGAAAAAGAAGAUCAACUCACCAAAUUAGAGUAAUAAUGA